AUGCCUUCCAGAUGGGCUGAGACUGCCGAGGAUGCUGCUGAAGAUGCCAGACGCAAGGCAGAGAAGGAGGAAAAGAAGCGGUUGAAAGCGGAAAAGCAGCGAAGGGCGGAGGAAGCGCAGAAAGUAGCACAACAGUCCAAUGGCCACGGAGAGGACGAAGACGACACACAGCGUCCGGCAAAGCGAAGGCGACUAUCAGAGGACGGAGGAAAGGAUGUACCAGUCGAGGCGGCGCGUACCCUCCUCCGGUUCGAGACGCCAGGCUGGCAACCGUGUCGGUCUGUAGAGAGAUUUGACCUCCUGAACCACAUCGAAGAGGGCAGCUAUGGCUUCGUGUCUCGCGCGCGAGAGGAGGCUACAGGAGACAUCGUCGCCGUGAAGAAGCUCAAGCUGGAUCCAGCCAGAGACGGCGGCUUCCCAGUCACCGCACUCCGAGAGAUACAAUGCCUGAACGCAGCGAAGCAUAGGCAUGUCGUGGACCUUCGAGAGGUUGUUACGGGACAAGGCGCGGCAAAAGAGGACGUGUACUUGGUCAUGGAGUUCGUGGAGCACGACCUCAAAACACUACAGGAGGACAUGGAUGAGCCAUUCGUGCCAUCAGAGGUGAAGACACUCCUGCUUCAGCUGGGCAGCGCUAUGGAGUUCUUGCACGAUCACUGGAUCCUGCAUCGUGACCUCAAGACCUCGAAUAUUCUCAUGAACAACCGCGGCGAGAUCAAGAUCGCGGACUUCGGCAUGGCUCGACAUUGCGGUGACCCGCCUCCCAACAAUCUCACCCUGCUCGUGGUAACCCUUUGGUACCGAUCGCCAGAACUUCUACUAGGUGCGACUACAUACGACUCGACCGUGGACAUGUGGAGUCUCGGUUGCAUCUUCGGCGAACUUCUCACAAAGCAGCCGCUUCUGCAAGGCAAGAAUGAGGUAGAUCAGUUGAGUAAGAUAUUCGAGCUAUGUGGUAUUCCGAGCGAGGACAACUGGCCUGGCUUCAAGCGUCUUCCCAAUGCCCGCACGCUCCGCCUUCCCUCGCAGUCGAAGUCCGCCCAAGGCAGCAUCGUUCGAUCAAAGUUCUCCACCCUCACCAACGCUGGCGUCAGUCUCCUCAACGGUCUCCUGUCGCUCAACCCGGCGCAGCGGCCAAGUGCAAAGGAGAUGUUGGAGCACUCUUACUUCCGUGAAGAUCCUCGACCCAAGCCGACAGCGAUGUUCCCAACAUUCCCUUCAAAGGCUGGACAGGAGAAGCGAAGGCGGCAGGCUACUCCGAACGCACCGGUGCGUGGCGGUGCUGCGCCUGCGCUUGGAGAGAUUGACUAUAGCUCGAUCUUCAAGGGGAGGGAGGCGGAGGAGAAGGGUGGUGGGUUUCAGUUGAAGUUGGUGUAG